ACUAACCUUUAAUCUUAAGAGUGUUUUUGGCAAAUUAUGCAGGAUUCUGCAGCAAGCGGUGGAAAUUCCAAAAAAGAAGAGCUUUCAAACUGUUCCAAGAAUCCAGGGAUGGCAGAAAAUAAAGAAGCUGAGAUAACACAAGGAGAAGUUAAGGAGACUGGGACAAAACAAGGAGAAGAUGGAAAUAUAAAUACUAGUACUAAAUGUGGAGGUAAUUCAGAGAAGGUUUCUAAUAAUGGAGAAGGUCAAGAAUUAGGAGAAAUAAUAUUAGAGAAAGGUACUGAAGUAGUAGUAGAUAUUGAUGAUGAAAAUCCAGGAAUGGAAAAAGUAUGUCGUAUUUGUCAUUUGAAUGAAGAAUCCAAGGAAAUAAUUGAGCUUGGUUGUGACUGUAAAGCUGAGCUUGGUAUUUGUCAUCGUCAUUGUGCUGAAGCCUGGUUUAAUCAGAGAGGCAACAGAUUAUGUGAAAUAUGUGGGAAGACAGCAAAAAAUGUGCAAACAAGAUUACAGGAGAGCAGAAUAAUGGUGGUUGAAUGGAGCCAACGGCCAGUAGAAUCCAGAAGUUCAUAUAUCACAUCUAGUUCAUCUACUAUACAGCAGAAUGGUUGUAGGUGGAGAUGUCAGCAAUCCUGCUGUAAUUUCCUGCUUGCCUGUUUUGUAAUGGCAUUUACCCUCCCAUGGUUCUUCCGAGUUGAAAUUCCUUAACAAAUAGACAGUUGAGAGUUCUUAAUUUGUAUCUGUUCAACUCAUUGUAAUGUCCUCCAUUUGGAAAGGGGGUUGGGGGAUUAAAUGUUUAUUAGCCAAUUAUACUCCUUUCACUAUACUAAAAAAAAAAAAAUCAAUAUUCUAAGUUCUUUUUAUGAAUGUUAAAUCAUAGAUGUUUCAUUUGUCAAUGAAUAAGAUCUGCACAAUUCGAAUGUUAUUGCUUUCUCAAAUAUGUGAAGCACGAAGAUGCUGGAGUAGACAAACUAAAUAAGAGAACAAUUUGGGUAUGCUUGGUUUUCCAGCAACGUUUCAGGUUAUCUAUUUGACUUGAAAAUUAUAUAUACCUAGUGAGCCAUUAUUUACGCGUAAAGUUUUUACAACUGCAACAAAGAUCAUGCUUGUUUAAAAUAAAUAUAUAAAAAACAAGAAUUACAGGACCAAUUUCUUGAUAUCAGACUCGCACCUUUCUUUGCUUGUGUAAUCUGCUUCAUUGACAGCGCUUCGUUUUUCCUUGGCUUCAGAGGAGUGUUGUUAGAAGAUGGCAAAAGCAUGAUAAGCAGCAAAUUUAACUCAGAAGGAAUGAGACACAAUUUAUAAGAGCAAAAAGGAGCGCAAAGCCCCUUCCAGCUUUGCAAUAGAUACUUCACACUCUUGAGGCAUUGCCCAGUAUACACCAAAAUAUCCAGAAAACAUGCCCAUAUCUGCCAAGUUUGAGAGCAAAGUAGCAGCAGAUGAUUGCAAGACUCUAGUCACUUCCAUAGAAAUAGCAUUCACCGCAAAUGUUGAAUAUCUUCUUCUGUAGAACAUCUUGGGUCAAACAAGAAUUGAGUGUCCAAGUCCACCCAAAGCAAGGAACUUUAGGAGGAGCUUUAGUUUUCCAUAGUAGUUCGCAUGGCCAUUCUUUUUCCCAUACCCUUGCCUGCUUCAGCAACAAAAUGUAGCAAGUCACAGCUCCUCCAUUUCCCAAGCAUUAGAAUUUCUGAAUUAUAAUCGCCAGCCAGAUUCAGAGAAAAUGUCAACAACUACAGACUCCUUAUUUACAGCUAUGUUGUAUAAAUUACGCAAAGAUAUCCUUAAGACAUCCUUCCUCUAACCAUCUGCCUAGCCAAAAUCUGAUCAUAUCCCCUCUGCCAGCUUUUAACAUAGUAUUCUGGAGUUCAUCCCAUAAGCUGCAGAUUUGUUUCCAUACAACCAUUUUAUUUGGCUGUG